AUGACGGAAAUCAGCAACAUACAACUGGGCAACACGGCCAAUAUAGUGCUGUACGCGGACGAUAUUGCGCUCACGGUGGCAGCGGCGAGGCCCCACACUGCACAUAGCAGAAUCGAGAGUUACCUUGACAGCCUUAAAACGUGGGCUAAGGCAUACGAGGUGGAGUUCUCGCCGACCAAGAGUCAGUUACUUAGCCUGAAAGGAGGACUGAAGCCCGGCUACUCAAUCGACUUUGACUCAGGUGAUAACGACGCCAGGAUCGUGGCUGAAGCGACAGCAAAGUACCUGGGCGUCAUUCUGGACCCCAGAGAGAGCUUCUGGGACCACGUGUCGUCCCUCAAAACGAAAUCAGAGGGCAUGUACCGCAGACUCCGACAAAUGACGUCGGCUAAUUGGGGCAUGGGCCGAGCGUUAGCCAAAGUCGUAUACGAAGCGGUCUUCCUCCCUCAUAUCACAUACGCGGCUGAAAUCUGGGCCGAAGGAGGGUGCGCCCUAAAGAAGAGCAUCGCAGCCCUUGGAAGCAUGCAAAGAGAACCGCUCAGGGCAAUUACGAGCAGUUACAAGACUGUGUCAACUAACUGCCUCUCGGUCGUGGAGGGGGUACUCCCACUCGACCUUGAGGUCAGGAGGGUAAAGCAGAAAUGUACCCUAAGAGCCGGCGAGAAGCUCUUCAGCUUCAAGCUCCAGCCUAACCCCAACUGCGCCUGCGGUAAUGGGGCAGAGAAAGUCAGGCAUGUACUCCUGUCAUGCACAAGGACGCUAGGGUUCCGUGAAGAGCUCAUAGCCACAAUGGCGGAAGAUGGGGUGGCUUGGCAACCGGAAAGUGAAGCCUUCCUCAGUACUAGAAAAACAUAUGAAGCACUAAAAAGGUUCAGCAAAAACAGUUUGUAG